AUGAGCUUCUCCCUCAGUUACAUACCAUGCCCUGCCGGCAAGAGCUGCACCGCAUUUCAGUGCAUCUUUGGCCAUGGCGGAGACAACGCCGCCGAGACCAGACAUGAGGCACCGCCACCAUCAUCAACUUCACGUCAAAACGAUGCAUCCUCUGUCUCUCGUGACCGCUCGCCUCCCUACGAAGAGAAUCCCCGUAAACGCCCCAGAGUAGAGCAAGAGAAUGCUUCUUUCCCGUCUCAACCGCCCCUCAAGGCACACACUGCACCCAGCAACGCCAACAAGGACAACUCGUCCAACACGACGCCUCACUCUGCCACCCGGCCCGUUUCACCACCACUUCUUCAACGAAUCACCAGAACAAUGGACACAAAGGCGAGGCGCCCUUCUUCAACGCCACAAAGGUCUCCUGCCACCGAGAGUUUAAAGUCGCCAGCGCCCCCCGGCGUUAACGCCCUGACGAGGCCGGCAUGUGAAUCGACCAAAAAGAGGAAGCCCGAGUCCCUCAACCCCCGGCUUCUCAAGAGCUCACCCGCGAGCCAUGAGACUCGUUUAAAGCUCCUCAAGUUGCUACACCACGAAUAUACCCGGCUCAACCGGGAGCUGCGCCAGGCUGCGAAACCAGGUGACGUCACACUCGUCAUGUCCGAACAGGAUCUGAUUUUCGAGGCGUUGGAUCAGGAACAGGCCGCGGCGCUGGAGAAACCGGCUGUCUAUACAAACGUCAUGAAGAACAAGGUCGUGCAGCACAAGAGGAUGGAUGUGGCCCAGUGGAGAGAGCUGCGCAUCAAGCAGGCUCCUCGACCACAGGGGCAAAAUGGCGGGAAUAUACCCAAAGAGAUCAAGACCGGUCUCACAGCCGUUCAGGAGGUAGAGCUUCUCAGGAGAAUCGUUACGAGUGUGGAACAUCUCUCCAACCACGGCUACGUGUCGUCCGUCCCGCCAGACGACGCUGUGGAAUCCGGCCGGGCGGGGCUGGAGGCCUCCAAAGGAUGGGAAAAGUGCGACCGAUGCCAGCAGCGGUUCCAGGUCUUCCCGGGGAGAAGGGCAGAGGACGGGGCGCUCGUGUCCGGGGGCGCAUGCAACUUCCAUUGGGGGAAGACGUACGUUCCCGAAAAAGCACCGGGCGACACGGCCAGGGUCCCGAAACGAUACCGGUGCUGUGGACAGGAAGUUGGCGAUUCGCCAGGCUGUUCCACCCACGACAAGCACGUCUUCAAAGCAAGCGACCCGAAGCGGCUGGCGGCGGUGCUCAACUACGCACCGACGCCGGAGAACCCCGGCGCCCCCAGGGACAGAGCUGUCUGCUUCGACUGCGAGAUGGGCUAUACCGUCCACGGGAUGGAGCUCGUCCGACUCACCGCAACCUCGUGGCCCUCGGGCGAGGAGCUUCUCGACGUGCUGGUCCAGCCGGUGGGCGAAAUACUGGAUCUUAAUUCUCGGUAUUCCGGCGUGUGGCCAGAUGACUUGGCAAACGCUCUGCCCUGGGUGCCAGACGGGCCGAUGCCCUCCAAAACAAGAACGCGGCUUGGUGCUGAACACGACUCCACAAAGUCCAGACGCCUCAAAAAAGUCUCGUCGCCGGAAGUUGCCAGAGAUCUCUUGUUUUCGCUGAUAUCCCCCUCAACACCACUAAUCGGCCACGGCUUGGAAAAUGACUUGAACGCCGUGCGCAUCAUCCACCCUACUCUCAUAGACACGGUGCUUUUAUACCCCCACAAACUCGGCUUACCAUACCGGCACGGGUUGAAGAUGCUCAUGGAUGUCCAUUUGAACAAAAAGAUACAGCAGGAUACGGGGCCAAAGGCUUUGGGUCACGAUUCUGCAGAGGACGCUAGGGCUGCGGGGGAGCUGGUACGGUUGAAGGUCAUGAACGAGUGGAAGGAUAUGCAGAGGGCGGGCUGGACGUUGGUAAAAGGGCAAUUUUGGCCGCCUGGGAAGCCGGGCGGGUUGACAGAGGCAUUUAUCGAGGAGAAAGGGGCGACCAUCAUUUUGUAG